CCCUCUCUCACCACAACCACCAACUCUCACCACAUCCCCCUCCACACAAUCCACAUCCUUUCACACCCGUCCUCAUCGUUCACGACAGCGUACAGACCCCUCCCGAUUCACACCGAGUCCGAGUCCUCAGCGCCAGCUCCUGUCUCCACCAUCGUAGUUUCCCCAGACCGCUCCCCGACCGACGUGUCCACCCAGUUCUGCAAUGGCCUCACACUCACCAAUAAACGGUGUCAAGAUCAAUCCCAUCGACGACCCCCGGAAGGUCGUCAAAGUCGUCGCCUCCGAAGGAAAGUCGGGCGACACAAUGGACGUUUCCUAUACAAACUGCAAAGUCAUCGGAAACGGCUCCUUCGGUGUCGUCUUCCAGGCAAAGCUCGUCACGGAGACAGAAGCCGGUGACGAUAUUGCCAUCAAGAAGGUCUUGCAGGACAAGCGGUUCAAGAACCGAGAACUGCAGAUCAUGCGCCUUGUCUCCCAUCCAAACGUCGUCGAUUUGAAAGCAUACUUUUAUUCCAAUGGUGACAAGAAAGAUGAAGUGUACCUCAACCUUGUGCUCGAAUAUGUCCCCGAAACUGUAUAUCGCGCUAGUCGCCACUACGCCAAACUCAAGCAACCAAUGCCAAUGCUCCAGAUCAAGCUCUACAUGUAUCAAUUGCUCCGCUCCCUAGCCUAUAUCCACUCCGUCGGCAUCUGCCACCGUGACAUCAAACCACAGAAUCUGCUCCUCAACCCUGGAACUGGUGUCCUCAAGCUUUGUGACUUUGGUUCGGCCAAGAUCCUCAUCCCCAAAGAGCCGAACGUCAGCUACAUUUGCUCGAGGUACUACCGCGCCCCCGAGUUGAUCUUUGGAGCGACGAACUAUACCACCAACAUCGACAUUUGGUCGACGGGAUGCGUCAUGGCCGAGUUGAUGCUCGGACAACCCCUCUUCCCUGGCGAGAGCGGUAUCGAUCAGCUUGUGGAGAUCAUCAAGGUUUUGGGCACUCCCUCGAGGGAGCAGAUCAAGACAAUGAACCCCAACUAUAUGGAGCACAAGUUCCCUCAGAUCAAGCCUCAUCCCUUCUCAAAAGUCUUCCGGCCCCGAACGGCACCGGAAUCCAUUGACUUGGUGGCGAAGCUGUUGGAGUACACGCCCGAGGCACGGCUGAGUGCAGUGGAGGCAAUGAUCCAUCCCUUCUUCGACGAGUUGAGGCAGGAAGGCGCGAAGAUGCCAAACGGGAAGGACUUCCCUCCUCUCUUCGAUUUCACACGAGAGGAACUGUCAGUCCGUCCAGACCUUAUUCGGAGGCUCGUACCACCACACACCGAGCCCGAGCUUCGCUCGCGAGGCAUCGACAUCAACAACUUCGUGCCGAUACCGCUGGAGCAGAUGAAGAUCACGCUCGAUUGACGGGAGAGAGACGUGUUGGCCGAGUUCAUGGCGUUCCCAUCUUCGUUUUCGACCUCAUCCUCAUCGUUCCCUCUUUCAUACCCUCUUCCUCUUCCCCGCUCAGUUCCUCCUACGCCUCCCUCGCCUUCUUCUCCCAAUUUCCCUACCGCCCCUACUCCCCCCGAAGAAGAGGUCGUCGUCGUCGUCGCCCGGUCCUUGCGUACGCUUUCCUCGCCAACAUCGUCGUCAACGCCUACGUCAUCAUCAUACAUGUCUUCAGCACUUUGGUCGUCUGGUCCCUCGUCACUGGCGUCGUCGGGGCAUUCGCAACCGACCUCGUCAUUGUGGUUGUCGUGGCCUUCGUCGUCGUCGUGGUCGUCUUGGUGGACGAACUGCGCAGGUCUCGUGUUCUCGUCCUCGUCCCGCGGCGGCGUCGUGUUCCGGUUGCUCGUCCUCGCCGUUUCUAUUAUUUCCUUCUUACUCUCUUGAGCUUUUACUUCAAUUCAGUCUUUCCGUUUUUCUCCGCUUUUACCUUCUCUUUCCGUUCUCUCAAGUCCGCGUCUCCCGUCUGUUUACCUGUCUGAUGCAUCAUUCCGCAACGUCUCAACAUCCGACACCAACCCACCGCUCGUCCAUAUAUCUUCUUCUUUUCUCUCGUAUUUCUCCUUCAGUCUGUGCAGUUGUUCGGCGACUUAGUUUGUAUACAUGAUGAUGAUAUGAUUUUUUGUCCCCUUUGUCGUGUUUAUUUUUCCUCGGUGUCCUUCUUCUCUUCUUGGCCCGUUCAUCAUAUUCCUCUGCUGUCCGACGAUGCCUUUGACGAGGUUGGUGGGUUGAGAAGGAUGGGAGAUCGGCACGUGGUAGGGUGGGCGCAAGAGAGACAGGGGAGGGGAGGAAGGAACGAUGACAAGGGCGAGACCCAUAUACAAGACGAGGUGGCGAUGGAAGGCAAGGCAAAGGCAGCUGUAGGCUUUGUUGUGUUGUGUUAUUUUUCCGAAGGCAUGCGAA